GGCAAGCGCAGAGUAAUGAUACAAAAAUACCACCGAGACGGCAGUCUGUUGAACACACAGAGAAAUGUAAUCACAGUAAUACUACAGCAUCUCUGGCUACAGCAUAUAUAGAGUAGCCAUGGACCCCCGCCACAGUGCCCAAGAUGUCGUCCGAUGUGACAUUUGUGAGACAGCUAUAGUACAGAUGUACUGUGAUUUCUGCCACAUCAACCUGUGCGUCACCUGUAUAGGAAAACACAUUGCUGAUGACUAUCAAAAACACAUAGUGGUACCAUUCCAAAAGCGAAAAUCUACCUUGAUCUAUCCAAAAUGUAGUACACAUCAAAAGAAAGUCUGUGAAUUACUUUGUAAGGAAUGUGACAUGUCUGUCUGUUCCUUGUGUACUACUAUAUCUACAGAUAAACAUAACGGUCAUACAUUUUUAAGUCUUUCUGAAAUCUACAAUGAAAGAAAAGCAGACAUUACAAAAGAUUCAGAGGAGAUAGAAAACGUUAUUUCUCCAACAUAUGAAGAAAUGUCCACGGAUUUAGAAACUCAAAUAACCAACUUGGAUGGAGAAUACGUGAAAUUCACAACAGUAGUCACAAAACAUGGAGAGGAAUGGCACAAAGAAAUUGACAAUGUCAUAAAAAAAAUGAAAAAUGAAAUAGAAGAGAUGAAAACCAAACACCUGGAAAUUCUGAAGAAACAUUUGGAUGAAAUUAUGCAGAUACAGUCCCUUAUUGAGCAAUCCCUGAUUACUCUGAAGGAAAUGGAGGAAUCCAAUGAAGUGUCUGUGACCAUGGAAUACCGAUCCAAAAACAAAGAAUUCAGAAAACUUCCUCCCAAAGUCCGAGUCUCACUGCCUACAUUUAGUCCAAACACGAUAGACAGUGAACAGCUUUACAAGUCACUGGGAUCUUUGAUACCAUUAUCAUUCACGACAGAUGAAAAUGGCGGUACACUGAAGAAAACAGAAAUCUUGCCCAAAAAACCGAUGGACGAUCCAGAGCUUGUCACUGCCAUAAAUACUGGGUAUAAAAAACUUUACAAUGUUGCCUGCCUUAUUGAAGAAGAAUUCUGGACAAGUACAGCAGUCAGUGAUAUGAAAUGCUUUAAUGUUCAAGGUACAGUUAUCAAUACACUCAAAACAAAAUCAGGGGAUUGUCCACGUGAUAUAGCAGUGACAAGUGAUGGUGAUCUAGUGUACACUGACUGGGCAACAAAGACUGUGAAUAAAGUGAAGAGUGGACAGACAGAGGAGGUGAUCAGACUACAGGGCUGGAAACCUGUUAAUCUCUGUGUCACCUCCUCUAGUGAUCUCCUGGUUGCCAUGUACAGUGAUGAUAAAACACAAUCCAAAGUUGUCCGUUACUCAGGUUCCACAGAGAAACAAACAAUCCAGUAUGAUGAUGAGGGUAAGCCUCUAUAUUCAGGAAAUACUAAAAUGAAAUACGUCAGUGAGAACAGAAACCUGGAUAUCUGUGUGGCUGACUUAGAAGUUGGUGCAGUAGUGGUGGUCAGUCAGGCUGGAAAACUUCGAUUUAGAUACACUGGUCAUUCUUCUACCAAAAACAAAGCAUUUAGACCCUUUGGAAUCACAACGGACAGUCAGAGUCAGAUCCUGACAGCAGACUUUGAUAACCACUGUAUCCACAUCCUGGACCAGAAUGGACAGUUCCUCCGCUAUAUAGAUAACUGUGAUCUGAAGGGACCAUACGGUUUAUGUGUGGACAAAAGUGACAAUUUGUUUGUUGCUGAGUUUCAUAGUGGAAAUGUGAAGAAAAUCAAAUAUCUACAAUGAAUAAUGUUGUAUUUCCAUGUACAGUGAUGAAGAAAGGUGUAUUCCAAACGCAUCAGAUCCAGGGAAUCUUAUAUACCUUGGGAUUGUUACAAGGACUUCGAACUGCACAUAAUCUCAAAAAUUAACCAACAUCAUAUGACAUUGAUAGACUGUCUGACUCAUUGAUUGAUAUUUUCCGCCACACUCAACAAUUUUUCAGUUAUAUGGUGGCGCCCAGUUUUUAUUGGUGGAAGAGAGAACCCACAUACAAUGUACCUGGGAAGAGACCACUGACCUUCCGAAAGUAAACUGGGAAACUUUCUCACUUACUGGCGCGAGCGGGAUUCGAACCCGUGCCGACAGGGGUGAAAGGCCGUGUGAUUUUGAGCGCUAUGCUCUAACCACUUGGCCACGGAGGCCCCUUGACUCAUUGAAGUAGGUACCUCGGCAGCUGAGUGAAAAUCAACACUUGAUUGAAAGACUCCAAACAAAAAGCGAUUAGUCCAGGAAUGAUAAUAAAUGAUGAACAGUUCAAUGUGAUUCUGUCACUCAAAUCGCAACUCUCCAGUAUGUUUCUUACCAAAUCUACAAAUUUUGAAAUCUCCAAUAUUGAUAAGGUAGUCUCCGAAGAAAAAUUCAAUGUGGUCAAGCAGAAACCAAAAGCUCUCCUAAUUAAAUCCCAACAACAAGUUGUGGGGGGGGGGGGGGGGGGGAUACUGGAAUCGGGUUGUCCGUCUGUCUGUCCGUCCGUCUGUAGAUGCAAUGGUUUCCGGGCUCUAAAGCAUUAUCCUUUCCACCUACCGUCACCAUAUCAUAUAUAUGGACUACCCAUGGGAUGAAGAUGUUCCCUAUCGAUUUUGGGGUCCAAAGGUCAAGCGCACUGGACAUCGAAGUAGCAAUAUGGUUUCCGGGCUCUAAAGCGUUAUCCUUUCCACCUACAGUCACCAUAUCAUAUAUAUGGACUACCCAUGGGAUGAAGAUGUUCCCUAUCGAUUUUGGGGUCAAAAGGUCAAAGGUCACGCGCACUGGACAUCGAAGUAGCAAUAUGGUUUGGUUUGUCAUGCCAUUUGUUUUUUACACUCAGAAAAGAGGUAGUUUAUAAACCUAUUACCAACACCCUUUGGGAGAUUGGGGUAAGCGGGGGGUAUUCUUAGUGAGCAUUGCUCACAGUACCUCUUGUUAGUACAUGAAACAUUGGUAAAAUCAAGGUAAACAAACUUACCUCAGAAAUGAAUAUCACGAAAACAAUUGCUUUCCAAGAUGUGGUUAUUCUACAUUCUCUUGACUAACGAUAUUAAAAACAACAGUCCAGUGAAGAGCGCAGAGAAGUUGCAUCACUGAGAAAUGGAAAUGAACCAAAACCAUUGUAGUCGGGUUGGGUAUUCCGAUUAGUCACAGUUCACUUCCGGUAACCUAUGACGUGGAUAACCAUAUAUAUAUAUGUGGGAAUUCGGAACCAUACCUUAGAACUAUAAACACCUGCUUGUUGUCUUGUGUCAUUGUGCCCAUUGGUAACUAUGUACAUGUAUUUGCUCUGUUGUAUGCUUUAGAUGUGAUAAGUAUGUUUUAAUGCUAUGCAUUGAGUAAUAAAUAUUGUAGGAUAGGU